UGAUCAUGUAACUUUCCGUGGUUUAGUUUGCGUUGCACGCUUUAAACUGAUUAAAUGCUGAAACCAUGGAUGACGAUCCAGAAAAUGAAGAGGGCGAAGAAUCAGCUUUCACUGGAGAAUAUCAUGGAGAACGCAAUGCGUACAAUCAAAGGCAUGGCCAAGGUACGACCAUCCUCCCGAACGGCGAUAAAUACAAAGGUCAGUAUGCCCACAAUCUACGCGACGGAAAGGGCACGUAUGUCUUCAAGUCGGGAUCACGUUACGAAGGAUCUUGGCGGUGUGGUGUGAAACACGGGACUGGAAAGUUCAUUUACUCGGAUGGUUCAACCUACGAAGGUCACUGGAUUAACGACAAGCGUUACGGUUAUGGUAAAUAUACUUAUCAGAGUGGCGACACAUUUUCCGGUCAGUGGAAAGACGGCGAGCGCAGCGGAUUUGGUGUUUAUUACUAUAAAGAGUCUGGUGCACGAUAUGUCGGAUUCUGGUUGAAUGGGCGCCGGCAUGGAAAGGGAGAAUUGCUUUUCGGAUCGUACAAAUUUCACGGCAAUUUCCAGAACGAUACGGUGGUUGGUCCUGGGAAAUUUGUUUUCCUGGGUGGAUAUGAACAACAGGGUCACUUCAUCCCGUAUCAAAGCGCGGAGACAAAAACACCGCCGCCAGUGUUCGGCAAACGCUUCCUCGAGGACGAACCAGAUUGGCCGGAUGCGCUGCCCGACUUGACAACCACAUGGAUUGCUGAGAUGUUGAUUGUGUCGGCCAAUCCGGCAAAAGCCGUCAAACCGGAAGAACUAAUGGCGAAACUCGAAGGGACAGCCGACGCUGUUAAACUGGAAAAUGACCCAAUCGUACCGGCCAUAGCGCAUGCAGAGGAGGACUUUGAAACCAUGCUUCAAAAUGCGCAAAGCGGGGAAUCCAUUUUCCCAGCAUAAGUUGUCAGGAUAAAUUAAAGCGCAGGACACAUGGAUUAAGCGCUACUGCCAUACCACAAAGAUUGCGUAUCGGGCAUACGUUUCCCAAGCGCAGUUUAGCCGGAUUUAUCGGGUCUCCCGGUGUGUCUCUGCUAAUUGUUUCCCUUAUUCCGUCUGCUCCCGGUGGAGCUAAUGCGCAACAGACGGCCGACAGUGUGUGCACUAACUUCUGUUUUCUUCGUCCUGUCUUUUGUUGUCUUUCGCAUGGACCCGCUAAUUAACGAUUUCAUGGCGUGUGGUUGAGUCCACACAUACAGACUUGCUCCAUAAUGAACUUACAAUGAACCCAUGAUUUACCCGAUGACCAGUAAAUGGAUUCUAUACCAGAGAUUG